GGUGGUACAGAGCCUCCGUUGUCGCUUGUUUCUGCAUGGCAGACAGAUUCAUAUCCUCAUGGAAUACGAAGAAAUUGGGGUUUGGUCGUUUUCACCAUCAUCUUGUUCACCUUGACCGUUUCAGCCGUCGCCGCUAGGUUUUGGGUGAGGUUUUUUGUGCAACGGAACCCCGGAAUAGACGACGCGCUUAUUGUGGCUGCUUUGCUUCCAAUCACAGGUCUUGCCAUUGCAACAUGCCUUGCUGGUCGGCUGUAUGGAUUUGACCGCCAUAUCUGGGAUUUACCGCCAGAUUUGGCCGUUCAGAGUCGACAGAUUCACAUGGUAAUAGCCGCUAUGUACAUGGUGAGCACCGGUCUCACGAAAAUAUCCAUUCUCUGCUUCUACCGCCGCAUGGAGGUUGGUAUCAUCAAAAAUUGGUUUCUGUAUACCGUUUGGACCGCCAUAGCUUUCGUGUUCGCCUACAUGUCCGCCUUCCUCUUGACGUUAUUCUUUGGUUGCAGGCCAACGAGCUCCUAUUGGAACAAGGUAGAUCCUUCCUGGGCAAAAACACACCAGUACCACUGCUUGGAUGAGGGCGCCAACAUGCUGGUCGCAUGUGUAGUAUGCAUAGUGCAGGACUUUAUCGUAUUUGUCUUGCCACUGCUAUUGCUGAGGAAACUGGAAACUUCAAGGCGGCAAAAAAUUGCUCUUGCGGUGAUUUUCGGGGUGGGUUUCUUGCUCUGUAUAACCAGUAUCCUUCGUAUCGUCUUCAUAUACAACAUUUUCUACCGCACCUACGACACAACCUGGGCUGCAACUCCUGCAUACGUCGUCACGGCUAUAGAAGCACACCUAGCCACCAUUUGCGCCAGCGCACCCGCACUUAAGUUCUUCUUC